CGCGAUCUGUCACGCCAGCGACGUAAACUUUAAUGGCAUCCGUGUGAUAAGCUGAUAACAUUGCAUGUCCUUCCUUUAAUAGUCGUUCAAUUAAUCUCUUGCGAAAAUUGCACGGAUCUGGUGUGUCAGCUGGUUCCCCAAGCGUCGCGCAAGAAUUGAAGAUGGAACGAAAUUUAGUGAAAACACUGGACGAUACAUAUGAUAAAGAAGGCAUUAUUGGCUGUGUCUUGGCUGAUCACGCUGGUCUCUGCUUAGGAGUUAAAGGUGAUGCUUCGAGUGAUAGUGCUGGAUUAAUAGCAGCCAUAGCAGAUCUAGUUGCAAAACUGGAGCCAAAAUCUGGAUCGCCAAUUGUAUCGCUUCAAAACGAUAACAGACAGUGUAUCAUACUUCGUAAGGAACCUGUAGUCGGAGCUAUAUAUAAAGAUAUAUCUUGAAAUAAUUGCUGUUGUAUACAUGGUUGAAACUUAUUUAUAUCCAAAAUAAGAUCUUUUUUUAUCUUUUAGAAAAUAUUUUAUCAUUUAGGUGUUAAGUGUAUGUAAAUUGUUAAUAAAAAAAAGAUUUAAUAUGUGUAAGAAUAGCUUCCAUUGUGUAGGAAUUUAUAAUCAAUUUCAACUAGUUGUAGAAAAAAAUAACUGUUUAUAUAUGAUCUUUUAACAUUUUACAAGAUCUUGUGAUGAAUCUGUAGUUGGAUUUAUAUACAUAAAUUAUAAAUAAAUUAAUUUAUAAUACAU